AUGACGAACACUGGCGGCAGCGGCAAUAAGGUUGUCUCCGAAAACCCUCAAUCACCUACUCCCGUCCCUCCUCCUACUUCCCAAAGUCCCGCUACUCCUAUUAGCGGGACUCAAGUGAACCCCACCGCUGGCACUGGGAUUACCACCAUACCCGGUGCUAGUGCUGGUGGCAAUAGCUCUAGCGCUAGCGCGGGCAUUCCCACCGGACCCGAUGCCAGUUCUGGUGGAAACAGCGCUAACGCUGGCAUUUCCACCAGACCUGGUGCCAGUGCUGGUGGAAGCGGCGCUAGCGUUGCAGUCAGUGUUGCUGUUGCUUCUCCGAGGAAGAGAGGAAGCACGUUGGUUGAGGGUGAAGGAUCGUCGAGAGGAGGGAUGGGUGCGGCAAACCAAACCCGUAGUGUGAGGCCGAAUGUGCCUCUAGUGAUUGCACCCCCACCUGCUGCACCGGCGUUUCCUCCUCCUCCUCCUCAGCCCGAGAACACAUGCGUGGUGUGUCACAAAGACUUUCAUUCGAUUAAAGCUUUGUUCGGACACAUGAAUUCGCAUCCUAAUCGUGGGUGGAAAGGUGCGUAUCCUCCUCCUACUUUUGAUAGGGAGGAGUUUGCUGAUCUGCAGGCGCAAAUGCAACAACAAGAAGAACAAGAAGAAGACGAAGUUGCAGGAAAUGCUGGCGACCCCGUGGUGGAAGAAGUACGUCCCGAAAGGCGCGAGGUAGUCCCUGAUCUUAAUGUGGCUGAACCCGCGGUAGGGGAAGAAGGAUAUCGUUUGCCCGAUUUGAAUUUGCCACCACCAGCAGAGGAAUAA